CAUUCAUUAAUAUUGUGUACUAUGAUGCACAACUGGUGAGUACAAAUUCACCACUAACUCGUUGAAAAUAAUCUAAAAAGAUAAGAAAGUACAAGUGGAUUGUUUGGAAGUCUAUGAAAAUGUCAUUUCAGUCAAUCUACGAUAUCAGUUCAUGAAGGUUAUAGAAAAUUUUUUAUAAUAAUGGAUUUUCCUAAAAUCGAUUCUGUUAGUGAUAGGAUAAAUUGUCAACUAUGUAAUGUGAAAUUAAUCCAUAAAAAUGAUUUCAAGAAACACGAAAAAGGCAGAAAACAUCUAAAAAAUCUAUCGGAAAUAAGGAAUAAAAGAGAAGCGGAAACUAAGUUCAUAUGUGAGAUCUGUAACAAAAUUCUCACAAGUGAAGAAUUUUAUCGGCGUCAUUUAGAAAGUAAAUCGCAUAAAAAGAAAGCAAGUAAGCAUGGAUCUAUUAAGGAUACUGUAGUUUUUGAAAGAGAUCUCAGUAAAAAUACUCAAAAUUUCAAAGUAUUAUCGCUUCCAGUUCCGCCAUCUAAAUCUAGUUCACUUAAUGCCGUUGAACAAGACGUUGACGCAGUAGCAUUCCACCGAGAGAAAUAUAAACCCCGUAGUGACCCUCUGGCAUUUGGGUUUUUGGAAUCGUACAUUUACUCUGUGGUGUCUCAACUUAGUUUAAGAUUGGCUCUAGAUCCGAAUGUUAUACAGUUCAAGAUUUCAGUCAACGAUAAAAAAUGGCAUACAUACGGAGACAUAGUUAUCAAUUUAACAUACAAAAGAAAGACAAUAACCAAAACUAAGUAUGCUAUUAGGUGCAAAAAUAUAUCUGAUGCAUCCAGAACUAUAGAUUCCCUCAAUGAUGCUAAGAUUUAUUUAAAUAAAGAAUACGAGUCGAUAAUUUGUUGUAGAAAACGAGAAGAUUAUGCUCAAACGAAGUUUGUUAUUUUCACUACUUGUAAUAUAAGCUCAAAAUUUCCAAAUAAUGUAGAGCUGGACAGGAAGUUUCUGAAGAAUCAUAUGAAAUCCACUAAGGAGAAUAUUCCCAAUAUCGUUAAAGUACAACCUCUGGGUAACAGGAUUGAUGUUAUAAAUAUUUCCAGUGAAAAUGAUAACAUAUUUUCUCUAUUUCCCGAAUCUGAAGAUAUAGAAUUACCUCAAAUAUAUCUCUACAGCAACCAACGAGUUUUACCUCACAGCGUUGAUGAAAUCAUAAAGAAAAAUUUUAAAUUUACCUCAAAAUUUUCCAGAAUAUACUUGGAAUAUAUUGAAAAUUGGGCAUUAGGAAAACUAGGUGGCUACUACUUUCUAACCAAAAAGGAUAUUCUAUUAAAGAUAGGUGAAAUAUUAUUGACACCUUAUGUCUUUUACCCAAAAAUGAUUAAUUUCAAAGGAGGUAAUUUCGACACUUGGAAUAAAGUUGUGGAAAAAACCGAUGUUAUAGUAGUUCAAAAUGAACCCUUUGUACUAAGUAAGUUAUGCGAACCUUUCAAUCAAACCAUAGAGGAAUCUUUGUCCGUUGAGGAUAGUGAUGGUACGUCAAUAAAAGUGAAAAUAGAUUCUAUAACAAAAACAGUUUCUAUCACCGAUAAACUUAUCGAAAAAAUUAAAGAUACUAAAUUAAAAGCUUACCUGGUGGAAGAUUGUAAUAUAGGAAAAGGAUCAUCAGAAGUGCGUUUGAAUAAAUUAUAUAAUGUUUUUUGGAAAACUGGGCAAAUAUCACUUUUGAUAUCUUUAGAAACUAGUAAAGAUUCGAAAAAAUUAAUUUUUGAUAUAAUAGAAUUUUUAAAAAAAGGUGGUGUACAUAAAAAAUUCUUAAUAAGAACAGAUGAACCGUUUUUUCAAGUUAAUUUGACGGAAAACUUGAAAGUAUUCUCUUGUUUAGAAGAUAUUAAAGAUAUCGUUGAAUUAGAAGAUAUAAAAAUACGUAUUUCUAAAAAUUUUACUAUUUCUUUGAAAAACAUCAGUCAGUCCGAUCCUUUCUUCCUAAAAUGGGUAUCACCAAGUAUUUUUUUUGACAUGAUUCUGUAUAAAUAUACAAUGCGAAAAAACGAAACAUCUCAAAUAAAUAUACAGGCUGAUCUAAAGAUAAUUUUGGAUGAAGAAACUAAGAAGCAGAUACUAUCUACACUUUAUCAAACGGAAGUAACACCGACUGGAUUGGGGGGAAGAUUAAUAGGAGUUGAACCUGGAAUAUUUUAAUCUAUUCACCUACAAAGUGUAUUAGAGCAGUUCUAUGCACCUAAAAUGAUACAAGAUACAAUACCACAUUCGCAGAUGAUACUGUUAUUAUGGCAUUACGGAAAAUACCCGAAGAAGCUGCUAAUACAAUACAAAAUUCAUUAAAUCGAAUCAACAAUUAGAAUUAGAAUAAAUGAAGAAUCAAAUUAAAUUAGAUUAGUACCUUUUAAAUUAUAAUGAAACGGUUGAAUAGUACACAGAUCCCUUAUAUUAAUUCAGCAAAAUAAGUUGGUAUUGCUCUAUAGCAGGGGUCUACGGCUCGCGGGCCAGAUUCGGCCCGCCAGUUCCAUCAAUACGGCCCGCGACAGCUUAAGACUAAUGUACUAUGUAUGUACUGUAUGUACUGUAAUAAGUUGAAUGGAAUAGAAUGAAAACAAAGAGUGAUAAUUACUUUAUUUAAUUGCGAGGUAAAACUUAAAACUUGCUGGGAAAACUUAACUAAAAUAUCUAAACUUAAGCAACAACAAAUGUGAAAUUAAUCCCAAUUAAUGAAAGAAAAACAAAAAAACACUAAUGAGAUUUAUGGAAUUGUGAUUUUUCACCGACUAUUGUUUUGGUCCUUGGGAUGUAGCGAAAAAAAUUAUCCUGACCCGAAGGCUUCAAAGUUUGGAGACCCCUGCUCAAUAGCAUAGACUUUAUGUGUUUGAGGUGUCUUGAUAGGAAAUAAUAUAAAAUUUGAGAGCAGAACAAAUAGGCUGGUAUCAAAAUUAUAAAUUAUAACUUUAUUAUAUUAACUUCCACGACUUAUCCUCAAGAAGUCAGAUUGGAAAACUUAAUGAAUAGCUCCUCAGGUUUCUGGUACGACUUGGCACAGUAGUUGUGGAGAUUUAAGUGAACAUCAGAUCUUUGUAUGAGCUAUUAAUGGCCCUUGAAGUUACAAUAAAGCUUCGUUCAGCAGUAAAAAAA